AUGCCCAGAGUGUCCAACAGGCGAGAGGCGCAGGUGUGGUGGAUCCCCUUGCCUGCCCUGCUCACUGCCACACUGGCUGAGCCAGUCAGCUAUAACCAUGGUGAUUCCAUUGAGUCAGACGGAGGGACACCUUCCUCCCCUGGGCAGAGCCUGAAUCCUGGUCCUCCGGGACUCUCCUCAUCUGUGUCUCUGUAUUUUGCAGUGAUCAGGGCCAAAGCAGUAAGCGAGAAGGAGGUGGAUUCCGGGAACGACAUCUACGGCAACCCCAUCAAGAGGAUCCAAUAUGAGAUCAAGCAGAUAAAGAUGUUCAAAGGCCCUGACAAAGACAUCGAGUUUAUCUACACAGCCCCCUCCUCAGCAGUGUGCGGGGUCUCGCUGGACGUUGGAGGAAAGAAGGAGUAUCUAAUUGCAGGAAAGGCAGAAGGGGAUGGCAAGAUGCACAUUACCCUCUGUGACUUCAUUGUGCCCUGGGACACACUGAGCACCACCCAGAAGAAGAGCCUGAACCACAGGUACCAGAUGGGCUGCGAGUGCAAGAUCACACGCUGCCCCAUGAUCCCAUGCUACAUCUCCUCCCCGGAUGAGUGUCUCUGGAUGGACUGGGUCACAGAGAAGAGCAUCAACGGGCACCAGGCCAAGUUCUUUGCCUGCAUCAAGAGAAGUGACGGCUCUUGCGCAUGGUACCGCGGAGCGGCACCCCCUAAGCAGGAGUUUCUUGACAUCGAGGACCCAUAAGCAGGCUGAUGGAGCCCCUGCGGCCAACUGAAAAGCCUCUGAGGGUUUAGACUGGUCCAGCUCUGACAUCCCUUCCUGGAAACAGCAUGAAUAAAACAUCAAUCAUCCAAGUGGGUUCACGCUAGUGUGAUUCUGCACCCCCCAUUUUCCCUAAACAUGGUUGUGGGUCUGGAGGGGCAGGCAGGCCAGAGUCCCUGCCAAACCCCCUCCAUGUGCCAGGCUGAGCACUGUGUGUCUCAGUCUUUGAUCCUUGGGUACCAGGCAGGAGUGGAAAACAGACUUUUUACCAGGUCUCGUGGGCACUGUCACAUACAGCUGACAGGCAAUAUUUAAGGGUCCCCUGGCCCUGCUGGGGCAGAGCCUGGGAAUGCGCAUUUUGCAGAAACACUUGACGGUUGUUGUGAGACUGUGUAGCUGGCCUACCAGGUCCUUUUCAUCCUGAGAGAGACAUGUCCCUCGUUUUCUGCAGUGGCCACCCCUCUGGCCCAAGGUCUAAGUCUCUCACCCCUUGCAAGUACCCCCCAUCUCCUCUGCACCUGGUAUGGACUCUGAGCACCAGAGUCCAAGAGUAGCCCUCCAACCAGUGAUUCCUUUGUCUAGGAGGCCCAGUUGCACCCAUGAACCCACAGACUUUUAGUGGUGCCCCUUGCGCUCGUGGGAACAGGAGCCGUGUUUCUGGCUUCAGCCAAAUAAUUUCUGUCCUACCCUUCCCCGUCUCCACCCAUCCCCUAUUGGGGAAUCUGUGAGGUCUCAUGCUGGGGGCAAGAAUCUGAGGUGAGGGAUGCUUGGCUGUCCUUGCAGUGGCUCUUAGGCCUCUUGAGCUAUUGUCAACCCCUUUCUGAGUGGCUUCAGGUAUCUGGGUUGAGCCACACAGCUCUCUGUAGCAUCACACCCCACUGGUGGAAUGCUGGUGGCAUUCCCUUCUUUUUCCCACAAACUGAAGGCUAAGAGGCCAGUCCUGUAAGGCCUCAACAGAAAAAUUCUAGUGAAAUUUCCCUGCUAGACUGGCCAUCAUUACUGUGUGUGGAUUUCUGUAGUGUUAUUAACCAAGCCCGUGAACCUAUGCAGUGAAGGAGCCUGAGAGCAUCUUGUCUUAUUAAGCUCCCAGGGUGCCGUGGCUUGCUCUUAGAGAGAUCUCAUUCUCCUAAGAUACCUUAUGAGGCUGAGAGGCAAGCACACUCAAUUCUGCGUCUGUCUCUUAAUGUCGCAGAGGCUACCCAUUUAAGGCCCUUAUAGGGAACUGGGGCACCUACUUGCUCCCUGAAAAAAAAAAAAAAAGAUUUUCUGAUGGCAAUAAGAUAGGGGUUAAGACAGGCAGAACUUUGUCACUAACAAUACAGAUAGUAGCUCUUCCUCCUACCUAAGUCUUAAAAAUAAGCUGUCCCGAGGACACACUGGUAUGUUAUCCAAACAUGUACACAUAUGCUCACACAAAAACAGACUCUGAAGUCUGGCAGCCUGUGAGUGGUCCUUACCCUGUCCUAAUCAUCAGAAACCCCAAAGCAACUCUUAAGAUCCGCCCCCCACUAGCCACGCCCCCACACCAGGACCCAGCAGCUCAGAAUUCUAUUCCCUUUUAAGACAGACUUGCAGGGGGAAGGGGUGUUUCCCCGGGGAGUCGGCCUGCCCCACCUGAGGACAUUUUCAUGUUGUGCAGUGAUGCUCUUCCCAGGAUGCUGUCAUGGACCAGCCCACGAGACCCUGCGGUCUAUCCCACCCAGCCUGUUUGCUUCCUGUGCAGUGGUAUCAUACGUAACAAUGCCCAUUUCUGCUGACUUCUUGACAUGUUCUGGUUUGUUUCUGACGUUCGCUGUGAGCAUUCUUGUGCUGUGUUUAUGCCCUUGAUAGCAUCAGAACUUUGCACUUUUUAAAAACAAAAAUGUUUCGGCAUCGAGGAAGCACUUGACCCAGAGUGGAAAAGCCUGGCAUGACAGCUGGCCUGGGACCGAGGAAUCCUUCUUCUGAUCUUUGAGUUUUCUGAAUAUCUGAUUUUCCAGCCCGCUGUUUUUUUGUGCCUGGUUCGAACCAUUGAGAGGAAGGAAUCUCUGAGUAGAUUGGUUCUAAAAGAUGCUCUUUAUAUUUCCUACUUGCCUUGAUCUUUGUGGCCACACCAGGCAGACGAGAGACAGGCAAACAAACACACAAGCUACUGGGACAAAGUGCCAGAUGGCAGCUAAGCAACAGCCAUUCAGAUGCCUUUGCAGCAAAUCAACCGAAAUGUGUAGUUUAAGGAACGCGUCCACUUGGCAUUGGUUAACUUGGCACUGUUGUGUUCUGAGCACUGGGCUUUCCUCUCUCUACUCCCAUCAUGCCAGCAAACUCGAAGUCUUUCAGAUGACGUUUACACGUAUAUAUUCCCAAAUCUCUGCUUGACAAAUAUUAAGACAUAUCUGUGAGCUUGCCAUGUAAUUUAAAGCUUUGUUGAUUUUGUUUCCGUUUGAACUCUUGGUUGUUGGGGGGGGGAAGCACGUGUUCAUGCUGGAAUAUGAAAUCUGAGACGAACCCCCUGCACUCCAUGCUGGCAACACCUGAGGGUUGUUAAAAGUCAACAAGCCGGCUGCACGUGUCUCUGAUGCUUUGUAUCAGUUUUUAUUUUUAUUUUUGAGUGAUUGCUCUGUCAAUGGACAAUAAACCAUAUUAUCAAAGAGAA